GGCUGGUCAGAGCAAGCGUGGACGUGUACCGCGUCGGAUCCUUUCGAUUUUUCGCUCGAUUCUUUGCUCGUUUCUCCACUUACGACCGCGUUGCGAGUCACACGACUGCCAGACUCGGACCGAUAGCUUCCUAGUUACGCGAGUGCUUCGAACCCGAUCGGUUCUUCUUGCCGUUCUCGAAUCUUAAUCGCCGAAAUACGUACGUACUACGGGGAAUCGAGAAAACUUCCGGGAUUGGAAGGUGAAUCGAGCCGGAGUAUCGACGAUCGACACAGUGCGGACGAAUCACACGUGCAGUGACAUUGGUAUCGAAUUUUGAGCGAUCAAUCGAGAUUUCUCCGUCGUUCGUCCAUUCGGUUGGACGUAAGACGUACCGCGUGUCGAGUUUGGUAGGAUUCUAAGUUUCGCUCACGAAACAUCUGCGAUGAUCAUAAGAGUGAGAAUUCGAGUGACGCUAUAUAUUAGCGACACUGUCUUUCGUUCUAUACGUUUUUGGUACUCGCUUUUACUUGGACCCGAACGCAUUGCGGCUAUUUUGAACGAGUAGACCAAUAGCACCGGUAAGAAUGUAAAGAUUGGUCGGACAGAAGAACCGCGAGUGUCAGUAGUUUACAGUGUCCGGUGAAUUUGACUUUUCGAAAGGCAUCUACGCUCGCUGGAAGUCGCCAACGUCGAACCAGGAUUGGAGCAGAAAGAUCCGCAUAGCGUUCAAAGCGCAACUCGUCGCUUAACUCGUCGCUUGACUCGACGAGCAGCACGACGGCGACGACGACGGUGACGGCGACAGCGACGACGGCGGUUCUUCUCCUCCGUUCGGCGGCGCUGUCACCUCCGAAAAUGCCACAGCUCCGCAUCGAUUGUUCCAAACUAACUCCUUCGAAUCAUUAAGACGCCUACACUAGAAACAUAGCAGAAUACUCGAACAAGAUGUCAAUGACGGGAAGCUUAAUGGGUUACGAAAAUAAUAACGAGGUAAAUCAAGCAAAGUGCAAAAAGCCAUUAAAACCGCUCCCGAUAGUGUCCAGCGUAAACUCCAGCGGUAUCACGACUACCAACAAAGCGAAAAAGCCACGAAGGUCUACUAGACGAAACUCUUGUAUACGAGGUCACGUGAAUAGUUUGUGGUCCGUCUGGUACGGCGUUUUGGCGGUCGCUUUUCAAGCUUACAUCGGCUUGAGAUACGCAAAAAGGUUUGCCGCAUAUUUAUCGUUACCUUGGCCGGCGGACGCUCCACCGCCGAAGGUGGAGUUAUACGCGUGUCUGGUGCUAGCCGGAGCCGGGGUUGUCCUACUGCCGGUUCUGCUUGGCGCGGCCUUCCUGAAGCUAGGCAACCUGGCGAACGAUGGAGUGAAGCUCGGUCGUCAUUUGAGCGCCUGUUCACGCGACCCGCCUUCAUCCUUGCUUACCAACAAUCCUGACCACAGUUUGGCGAAUAAUUUAUGGCGACACGGAGGUCCCACGGCUGCUUUCGUACACCUUUGCACAGCCAUGUGCUUCCUGCUGCCCUCGCUGCUCAUGGAGGCUAGAUUGAUACACGCUGGAUUUCUGCCAAAAGAAACAAUAUGGCGUACGGACCUCGAUUGGCUAGUGACUCACCGGGAUCGUCUGGUUGUAUCCAGUUUCAUGAAUCCAAACGUGAAUCUCAGCAUCCUAACGGGCUUCAUAACUCCUCAGCCUUUCGUCACCUUAGCACCGGACGAAGAAUCCGACAAUAUAGCCAACGACAUCGUCACGACGAAAUUGGAAUUGACCGACGUUAUUAAUAAAUCAACAGCAAUGGAAUUUCGACCACGCGACCGCACGAACGAACAUCUUGGUCAGUUUCGUACACCAGCGAGUACCAAUUUACCCGUACCCAAUGCAAGAGUUUCAAGCGUUAGCACUACUUUGCCUACCAACAAGAUUACGAUGCCCAUGACGCAAAAAAUUAUUAACGACACGACGAAAACACCGUCCAUAGUCAACGGGGCAUCGAAAUUAAAUUCCACGAGACUGACAUCCGCAGCUUCUCCGAUUACAACAACAGCAACGACCAGUACAAAUAUGGCUGCAACAACUACGGCAACGAUAACAACGACAACGACGGCGACGACAACAACGAGAGGCGUUAAAGCGCCUGCAAGCUCAGACGAGGUGGCAGCGGUUACAGCUGCGACUACGACCGCAACCGCAGUUCCAACCGCUGCUACAGCCGUAACGACAACGUUACCGUCGACGUCAUCUUCAACGUCUAGCUCGAUGAAGUAUGGCAAUACCGUUAGGAGACCUACCGCUGCGAAGUCGAUUAUUAGAAGCAAUAAUUCGAGGAGUAAAUUGAAAACGAAGAACACGGGGAAAUCAUCGACGACUGUUCGGCCCGGUAAGAACGUUGGGAAUAUGACAGCGCAGAGUAUGUCGUUGACGAUGAAUAGUUUGGCUGAUUUGGAUCAUCCGGAGAAGUUGAAUCCGGCUGAAUCAUACGGACCUAUUACUCUCGAGUACUUGAAUUACGCCAUCGCUCUCGGAGUGUAUUCUGUGAGAUACCCAGCGGUGUUCUGGUCGUGCAAUAAACCGUUGGCCACGAUUUUUAGCUUCCAGUUGAUCGUCAAUUCCGCCCAGAGUUUAUUAGCCUAUAUUGGAAUGUCCGUACUUUACAAGGUUCAAGUGAUGGGACCCUUGAAGGUGCUACCAGUUCUUCGACAACAGUAUCGCACGAUAUCGACUACUAGCAGCAUAUCGACAAUCUUCGGGGACUCUUACUUCUUACUAAAUCCACACGUUACCCUCGUCUUGUUUGCUCUUUCCUCCCUCCUGGUGCUCUGUUCUAGCAUGGUGAUGUAUUUCUACGCUUACGGCAGGUUUACGGCGUUUUUGAGCCAAGAACGAGAGCGUCGAAUAAUCUUGUCAAAGGAGAAUAGAAAUGGCAAUGGUUGGAUGUAUUUCAUUCACUGCACCGCUCUGUGCGUAUUCCUGUCGAUCGCGAUCUGCAGCGCACCGUUGCUCUACGACUACAGCGUCGUAUAUCGUGGCAGUCUGGAUGGUGCGAUAUUAGCCUGUGUCGUCACUACCGUUCUGCACUUGUUCCUCUGGUUACUCUUAUGGAUCUUUCUCACGAUAAAACAACGCUGGACAUUCAAAUUGCGAGUGACGAUCGGUCGUGCUACCGUUAGGUCAGCCAGAUCGGUGAAACUCGUAACUGACGUGGAUCUGUUGUCAGCUAGAGACGACGAGGACGGAACUAACGCGCCGUUACUGGUCGUUGGGAAUGGUAGAACUUACACGAUUGCCGACGCGUCGCCGAAGAAAGCUAUCAUGAGCGUGAUACAAAAGGCGGCUAUUGAAAGGAAAGCACGCAGUCAAGGAAACGUCGAUUCCGUAAACGGCGACUCAGCAGCCGACGACGAACAGAUUUAUUGGCUAAGACCAAAAUUACGUCCAUCGCCGACUAGAUCGCCGAACGACGGAAACAUAGCGCCAACGACGGAAAAGGGCUGGCUGAACAAGAAAUUGAAACCCAAGGUCACCUUUAACGACCUGCCUAGUACGUCAGGCUCGCGCAAUAAAGGAAAAGUCAGACGAGGCACCGGUGACGGAGGCCCUGAAGAUGAUGGAGAUUAUGCCACGUUACGAGAAUUACCGCUGAUCACGUCUCUAGACCCAGCGGACGAUUCAACGUCCGAAGAGAACAAGCUGCUCGAGUGCGUGAACGACGACCAAGUGACAUACUACGCGAGCGCAAAUCGCGAUCUACAACCUUCGGAAGGCGACCCCUCGCCCCUAUUGACUCCAGACCCUUUGCCCGAUCCCACUUCGGAACCACUUCCACUGCCACCUCCGACUCCGACUCCGACUCCAACUUGUGCACCGACUACCGAAGUUGUCACGGCGUUACUAACCACUAACACCCAGGCAAACGGUGGUCAAACGCCGCGAUGUCUGCGUCGAGGGGAUUCGGGAAUGCCACACGAAGAGUUAACACCUCGCUCGGAUUCUUCAAAUUCUCCGCCAUUGGACGCCGUGGUGGGUGGUAGCAGCGGAGCUGGUUCGGUGACGGGUCACAGCAACGCGAGCAGCCACAGCGAAACGUCCUCGAGUGGCGUGCACAGUAACGCGAGCAACGCGAGUAACAGUAGUUGUCAGAGACGAGCGACGAGCGUGGACGACGUGAGCGGCAACUGCGAUCAACGAGACGGCGAGGAAUCACGCGAUCAGUGGCGCAGCUGUUCCCUCCAGCGAGGGAUUCAGCCUCCAUCGGCAACGGCCACCUUCUCACCGCCGAACAGUCGUCCAGGCACUAGUCAAUCCUUCUCAUCGCCGCAAUACGCGAAUCACGUGCCACUGUUCGCCAAUAUCAACGCAAAUUCAACAGCGAACGCGAGUAUAAACGCGAGUGCGAACACGGGCGUCAACACGAACGUUAACGUGAACGACGUCAACGUGGUUGGACAAGGAUGUCCAGCUGUGAUUCUCGAGAAUCCGAACGAGGCGACCGUGGUGAUCCGGCGGAAACUCUCGAGGACGAAGCUGACGGAACCGCUGAACCCUAACGAGGAACCUUUCGGUCGUUCCACGAACAUGAGGAUGACGUCGUUCACGGAGAGCAACGAUAUCCGCGUGCACGCAACGUCGGCCACUCUGCCGCAUUAUCCGACCCAGCCGGCGGUCACUUAUCCGCAUUGCUCCACCAUGCCUCUGCCACACGCCUCUCAUAGCAUGGCUGGAUCUCAUAUGGGUGGAUCUAGCGGAAGCUGCGGAUCGGUGCCGAGGCACGCUUUCGUCCCUCCGCAAGUACACUCGUCGGUACCAGCCCAUACUACUCUACCGUCCCAUCACAACGGCGUCAGACUUCUUCACGGCAUCACGCCCACACCGAACAACCCUUUCGUCAAGAGGUUCCCUCCUGUGCAGCUACACACGCAACCCUGGGCACUGCCAGGCCACCACACUUUCCCCCAAGCUUCGCAGGUUAAUGGAAAAUUGACCACUACCGCGCAGAUCAGGCAGAGCGAUCGCGACUCGGCUAAUUUCUCGAUGGCCAGCAGCGGAGACUCGGAUACGUGUUUGCCUCAUUAGACGUUGAUCGCGUCUGCUAGAUUCCAACCUCUUCGCUCUCGCUCCGCGCCGAGCAAACCCGAUACGUUCUCACGAUGCCGUUCCCGUCGUCGUUCUCGACGAUCACGUUCCUAGGUCGCCUCGACGAAACGUUUCCCAUCGAGACAUUCGCGAGAUCGUUCUCGGAAAAGAAUCGUCGUUCUUCGCGAACGUACUUCGAUGGGAACCUUCUUUCAAACGUGUUUUGUCAUCGAGGUUCGUGGAGGAUUACCAUCGUGGAUUUUUACCCUAUCACCGAUAUCAAAAGUAACGUUAUUACAUAUCAUACCGGUCGAUUACUCGCAACAUCCGACACUUACGGUUACAUUGUGUUAUUUUUCGAUACAGAUGUCGUAUGUCGAGAUAAUAUUCUGCCCCGUUCUUCCAUAUCAAUUAUCUCUCCAUAUGCACGUACCAGUAAGAAAUCAUACACUUGUAGAUACACUUUUAUGGUCUGCCCGUUUUUUCAGCCGGUACAACGACUCGUUCGAAUAUGAACGAACGACUCGCGAUACAAACAUAUCUUGCCAGCUGCUCACGAAUCACCGCUCGUCAAUCGCUCGUCAAUCGCUCGUCAAUCGCUCGUCAAUCACGAACCAUUAUAAUCGCACGUGAGACUAUUUCGAUCGCCAGACUGGAAGGAGUGAAAUUUUUUUACAUUUUUUACUUUUCCAUAUAGCUUGGCGUGGUCAUACACCAUUUCAUCGCUUUAUUGCAACAAAUAGCCGACAAAGACACUCGUGAAAAUAAUUUACGACUGCUUAAAAUAACUUAUAUAUAUAUAUAUAUACUUAUUAUUACAAAAAAAAAAAAAUGUUCUUUUAUCAUUAUUCUGAAAGCUGAACGCGAAACUUGCAUUUCAAACGGAUAUUCUUCGCACGAGUUGUUUACCCUCGUGAUAUUCGAGACGGCACAAUUUCGAUCCCACGCGACGUAAUAACGAUACAUCUCGACUAAUACGAUCAGCGAGUGAGCCCAUCAGAGAGGACGUUGAGAAGCGUACGAUUACUGCCAUUGUAAUAAACAUAAUCGCAAGACUUUCUAAGAUCUUCGUUAUAUCGAAUAUAUAAAUUGAUUUCAUCGACUGCCAUGUUAAUUCGUCCUGUUUAACGCUUGCGCUACGGCAAUUCUUUUCUAUUUCCGCGAUUUUAAAAUGGCGAAAAACGCGGCGAGACCAUAGGAAAUGAUCUCGCGUGGAGACGCGCCCAAUUUCAUAAUUAAGUAAAGACUUAAGGACCCAGAUGCACGACGCACGAGUGAACGAUAUAUAUAUAUAUAUAAUCCAGAUAGUCGAACGAAUUCGAGUUCGAGCAUCUAUCGCUAAUCCAAGUACUUAUGAUAUCGAUUAACCAAAACUGCAAGUACGGGUUUCCUAACUUUCGACGAAGAAAAAAAGAAAGAAAAGAAAAAAGAACCGACGCUUUUUCGAAACAACAUAGAAAACGAUCGAGAUAAUAAUGUGUGUAACGUAUAUUAAUCAGUGCUUAUCUAUUACGAUACUACGAAUACUCUACGAUACAGGAAACUUACAUAUACCAGACGCGUGUAAGCGAUAAUACGUUGCAAGCGAAGCUAUUGGGAAAUUGUUGUUGACGCAAAUUCGGCAAAACGAACGGUAUUUUUCGAUUUAGGAUCGAUCUUUGCAAUCUCCGAUCAAAUACACCGAUAGUAAUAAACUAGUGGCAAGAGAGAGGUGUGGUACUGAGAGCGUGCCUUGCUUGUUCGACGAAGCAUACGUAUAAUAGGACGCGCAAGCUUUCUUCUUUCUUUCCACUCGCUCGUUCGAGAAGAUUUCCUUUGACGUAAACGCGCAGCGUAGUCGGACGAGUUGCGUAAAAUUUAGCUUUCCCAGGUAAAUACGCUCUAGAAGAAAGAUUGUUAUUUUGAAAUAUCUUCCGAUCGUUUUCGACGAUAUCGAGUCGGAAGAGGCGAGAAGAGUACGCAGAACCGGUAUAUACGGUAUUGUCGAUAAAUAUCCGAACCACGGUGAAUAUCUUUCGUCCGAAUUGUAACACGCGUUCGUUCUGCGUAUGUUUCACGCACUUAUCGCGAAAGCGUAAAAUCCGAUUCCUAAGAAUCUCACACGAGUCUCUCAGAAGCUGAAUCGAUGAACAACGACUUUCGAUAGAACGAAUUAUCUACCUUCGUAACUUCAUUUUUCACGAUAAGCUUUAGGAUAAUAAACUGGAAGAGAUAACGUUUAUACCGGCAGUUCGCAUUUGAAGUUUACAUACUUUACGGUUUACGAGACUCGUCGGAUAUGGCUUUCGAAGGGCUCGAAUAUUCACGAGGACGAUUAAGAAUACCGAUUUCGCCUGGUAUCGCAUGUCGUAUCGACAUUAAGCUUUCUUCAAACCUCGUACAUACCGUUGCGUAUUCACACCUUUCUCGACUCGUUAUUCGCAAACGUUAGUGUUAAUAUUUAGUUUACGUUCUGACGUGCGAACAGAGCCAGCCGCUUUCGUCGAGCUUUCACUUUCGUGGAUCGAAACGAGGGAACAAAGUUGCGAAAGACGGCUCUAAUGGGCGACGCGUGAACUACUUUUUUAUCAUAUCACGGACGUUAACGAAUCACGGAGCGUACGAACAUACUCGAAUAAUUUUUCUAUCACGGAACAAAAUCAACGGAAGGGAAUACCAUCUAAUAGAUAUUUUCUUACUCUUUCCACGAACGAGUUACGACUUCCGUACGUAGAGAGUAGAAACGGGAAUGUAACGUAUAGCCGAGUAGAAAAAGCCAGUAGUAGUCAGCCAGAUCACCGUCGAUGAGGUUAUUCGAAUUAAUUACGCGUGCGUGCGAGUUUUUUGCGAUGUUCGACGUACGUCUGGCCAGAAGGGAUACAGCGAAGUCAUAAAUUACAUUACGCGAGAACCUCUUCGAUUUCGCAGCCUUCGUUCGCGAUAAUUUAUCAGCUAACGAUAUUAGCGAUCUCGCAAGCUGCAAAUCGUAGAUCGUACGUAGAUAACAUCCCUUUCACGAUUUUACGUGAAACAGAAUAAUUGGAUAACAGGAUUUGCGAUUUUUAAAAUACGCUUGUAGAAUUUUACGUUUACUCGAAUCUCAAACUCUCGAUUGAUUUUACGCUACGGCUUCGUUAUAUCUUUUUUGUCAAACGUUACUUUGCAAAUGUGUAGCACGUAUCUAUUCGAGCCUCGAAAUCCUUGGUUAUCUGGACGGACGUUAGACAGAAAAUUCCUCUAAUUUUUAUACCUCGAUAGGAUCGAAUAGAUGAACGGUUUUUGCGAGUAAAUUAGAAGAUAUCAGUCUAUUCUUCUAGGAUCAACGAAACGUCGAAAUGGUUGCAGUCAAAGCUUUAUGGUACCGACAGAAACGCAGACUCUUGAAAAAGCAAUCCUAAAUAAUCCGCGGAUGGUUGGUUUCUAUGCGAUAAAUUUUCAUUUUCUAAAGCAUACGAUCGAUCGGAAUGCAAACGACGGCUAAAGAGCAGCACGAUUCUUCGACAUCGCGAUCGAUUUGUAAAACGAUAAAGCUUUCACUGUACUUGUAUAUUUUUUCAAACGACUUUCAAUGCGCAUAGGUUACACGCAUUCUCUUGAACGCCAAUUACGGUAUCGACUUUUAUACGAGACUUGCUUUCGUCUUCGUUCGAAGCUAAAGAUCCUCAACAACGCGAUUUAGAGAUAAAAGAAGAAGAGAACACGACGACGGAGAAUCGAGGUCGAAGCGAACGAGCAUGUUUUUAUCAUCAUCGACAUACGGAGGUAAAUCCCUGAGAUCUUUUCGUAAAAAGAAGGAAAAAUACAAAAAAAAAAAAAAAAAAAAAUAGAGAAAAAAAAGAAAUAAACGCUUUGUUACACCGAUCGUACAUAUCACAGUGAAAGGACCACGCGUUGGUAACGACGAGACGUGUAAAAUCUUUCGAUUCGCUACGCAUUUCUGGAUCGCUAUCGAUCAACGAUCAGAAGAAGGAAAUUUCAACUUCUGUAACGUCUUUUCUUCUCGACUUUUUAAUAUCGGGCCGAUCCGUUCUUCGAAAACGAUCGAGUUCGUGUUCGCAUCGUAUUAAUCGAAAUAAAAAUACAUCAUGCUAAGAACGACGACGGACUCGCGUUGUCACGAUCGAGAAUUACCGUUGUCAUUGUCAUCGUUGUCGUCAUUAUCGUUUCCAUCGUUGUUAUCAGCAGCAGCAAGAAUAUCGAGAGCAAAGAGCAGCCGAACGUACCUUGGAGAAUGGCGAAAAGGCUCCGAUCUGAUACGGACGCUGCUGUUUGCAGAAAUAUUUUUUUACCGUUUAGCGUCAGUCAGCCACCUCAUCUAUUCGUUUUAGAUCCGGCUAGACCUCUCGAACGCGGAUACCUGCACGAAACGGAUCGAUUCCGCGUUCCACGUGCUACCUACACCCCAAAAGAACGUUAAAGACGAAAAGGAAAAGAAAGAAACGUAGUUUCGGCGCAAUUUCCGAGCUUUCCCGCGAGAAUUGUAUCCGAAGCGCGCGUAACGGCACAACGCAUAGAGAGUAGCAAACGAGAAGGGAAAAGGAAGAAGAGGGAAAAAAGAAAAGAGAGAAAACUAGAGACAGGGGAAGAAAAAGGUUGCGUAUUUGUUGCGCGUACGAAUUUCCGUGCCUAUGUCUGUGCGCGCACGUUCAAUUCGUUCGCCCUCGAACUAAUUCCUUUCGAAGCUGUAAAUAACUAAGGAUCGAGUCAAACUUGCGGGUGAAACGAGAGAAAGGCGCGAGAAUGAACGACGAAGGGGAAGAAUUAAUGCAACAAAAAGAAAAAAAAGGG